GUUGCUUCAUUUUUCUGCUCGUUGCAUACUUUUUAUGUAGUAAUUGUAAUGAUUUUUACCUAUUCCAUAUUAAUAUAUGCAUAUACAAAAAGAAAAAUUUUUGUAUAAUUGUUUACAUCUCAUUAAUUCAACGUUUUCAAUAUUCAAAAUUCAUGGCAACAUCUGCUCUCAAAACGACAGCCCACUUCGCAACUGUCAGCGCAGCCAACUAAUAAAUUUUCACCUUCUUUUCCUUUCUUUUUCUGCCUCCAUUAACGAGUGUCAGCAAAUUUAUAUUUUUCACUAAAUUAGCAAAGAUGGAGAACGACGCCGGCGAGUCUGUUGAUUUGUACUGCCCAAGGAAAUGCUCUGCUUCCAACAGAAUUAUCCACGCUAAGGAUCAUGCUUCAGUGCAAUUGAGCAUUGUUGAUGUUGACCCUGAAACUGGCCGCAUGACUGUUGGCUCAAAGACUUACGCUAUCUGUGGUGAGAUCCGUCGUAUGGGCGAAUCUGAUGAUUGCAUUGUGCGUCUGGCCAAGAAAGACGGUUUGAUUACCAAGGUUUUCUAAAUGUAGAUACUUCUUUCAAUAAAAUUGCAGUUUUUAAGAUUUUAACUGGA